GCAGCAGCCGAGCUAUGAGUUGAUGACAGCGCUCUCCUCCGGCGUCACGACGGAAGAGGGGCGCCCAGCCGUUCGUAAUCACGUGAUCGGCUGUCAGCUCGCUGGAGGGGCUUCCUUGGUGCCCCAUGCUAGUAUGUGUCUGCUUUAACGUGCCACCACAGUGUCGUCAUACAGUACAAGCACCGCAGGUACUGGUUUCCAGUUCUCUGACGGUAAGCCCAUGGGGAAAGCGGCUGCUCCGUGCAGCGGCUCCGGUGGAAUCCUGUCCGUUCUCAGCGCGGUGCCCUGUUUGUCGUGCAAACUGCAGCCGCACAAAAGCAGGAGAAUGAGCGACCCGCUGAAGAGUACAGGAGCCGCCUUGGCAACGGCUGUACCUGGAUAUGACACUUACAAGGGCUGGCUUUUCAAGUGGACAAACUACCUGAAGGGUUAUCAGCGUCGCUGGUUCGUACUGAGCAACGGCCUGCUGUCCUAUUAUAGGACUAAAGCAGAGAUGGCCCAUACUUGUCGAGGUACCAUCAACCUGGCCACAGCCCACAUCGAUACAGAGGACUCAUGUAACAUUGUUCUAACAAGUGGUGGCCGGACAUACCACCUGAAGGCAAGUUCAGAGGUCGAGAGGCAGAGAUGGGUGACUGGCCUGGAGUUAGCAAAGGCAAAAGCAAUUCGAAUGAUGCACGAUCAGUCAGAUGAUUCUGGUGAUGAAGAUCCCAGCUCCCAGUCUGACAAAAGCAAGCUCCAUAGCACCCUUAAGAUUCUGUCAAGUAAGCUUGAUGAUCUGAACACAUGCAAUGACCUCAUUUCAAAACAUGGAGCAGCUUUACAGAGAUCAUUAAGUGAGCUGGAAAACCUUAGAAUACCUUCAGAAAGUGGUGAAAAAAUCAAAGCUGUCAAUGAAAGAGCCACUCUCUUCAGGAUCACCUCCAAUGCUAUGAUCAAUGCGUGUCGAGAUUUCCUUGAACUAGCUGAAACAACUAGUCGGAAAUGGCAGCGGGCCCUGCAGUAUGAGCAAGAGCAAAGGAUUCGUCUUGAGGAAACCAUUGAGCAGCUUGCCAAACAGCACAACAGCCUGGAACAAGCCUGCCGAGAAGCUCCUGUUUUGUCUUCAAAUCUUGUGACAAUCUCCUCCAUAGCCAAGGGAGGUGUACGACCUUUGAAAGUGGAAACUAGUGAUGAAGAUGAGGAGACAGAAUACUUUGAUGCAAUGGAGGACACACCUGCCUUUAUCACAGUAACUAGAGGUCAUAAUCCAAACAGAAUUUCAGAAGGCAACUUAAAUGAAGAAGGCAGAAGUUGUCAUAUUGACUGGAAGCUCGACCCUCAUGUAUUUGAUGGUACACAAGCUAAAGAGAAUAAUACAUAUGGAAAAGAAGUUGUGCAGAAGAAGAAAAGACGCACCCGUAUUCCUGACAAGCCAAAUUACAGUCUUAAUCUAUGGAGUAUCAAAAAUUGCAUUGGCAAAGAAUUGUCCAAGAUCCCAUUACCAGUGAAUUUUAAUGAACCUUUAUCAAUGCUGCAGAGACUUACUGAAGAUUUAGAGUAUCAUGAACUUCUGGAUAAGGCUGCAAAGUGUGAAAGCUCACUGGAACAGAUCUGCUAUAUUGCUGCUUUCUCAGUGUCUUCCUAUUCAACUACUGUGCAUCGAACAGCCAAACCCUUCAAUCCACUCCUGGGGGAGACAUAUGAACUGGAUCGUUUUGAAGAGUAUGGCUACCGUUCUAUUUGUGAGCAGGUGAGUCAUCACCCUCCAGCUGCUGCUCAUCAUGUAUACUCCCGACGUGGUUGGACACUGUGGCAAGAAAUAACCAUUGCAAGCAAAUUUCGUGGCAAAUACCUUUCUAUUAUGCCACUAGGUGCCAUUCACUUACAGUUUCACUCAAGUGGGAAUCAUUAUGUAUGGAGAAAAGUCACAUCUACAGUUCAUAAUAUUAUUGUUGGGAAGCUGUGGAUUGAUCAGUCAGGAGAUAUAGAUCUCGUCAAUCUCAAAACUAAGGAAACCUGCCAGUUAAAGUUCACACCGUACAGCUAUUUUUCCAGAGACAUCCCAAGAAAGGUUACCGGAGUGGUUACUGACUGUGACAACAAAGCACAGUACAUUCUUUCAGGUACCUGGGAUGAAAAGAUGGAGUGUGCAAAGAUUAUGCAGAGCAGUUGUGGCAACAGCACUUCUGAAGGGAAACAGAAGACUGUGUACCAGACCCUUCCUCCCAAAUUGCUGUGGAAGAAAUAUCCUCUACUGGAAAAUGCAGAAAAUAUGUACUACUUCUCUGAGCUAGCACUGACUCUCAAUGAGUUUGAGGAAGGAGUUGCACCAACAGAUAGUCGUUUACGACCUGACCAGCAUCUCAUGGAAAAUGGUCUUUGGGAUGAGGCAAAUGUGGAAAAGCAGCGGUUAGAGGAAAAACAAAGAUCUGUACGCCGUAGGAGAGAGGCAGAAUCAGCAGAAUCUCUUCAUGGAGGUCGAGUGUAUGAAAACUAUCAGCCUCUGUGGUUUGAGAAGAAGGUUGAUUCUGCCACUGGAGAAAUGACCUACAUGUAUAAGGGUGGCUACUGGGAGGCUAAAGAAAAACAAGACUGGAAAAUAUGCCCUGAUAUUUUUUGAGGGAAUCUGAAUCUCAAAUGCCAGAUUUGAAAAUGUCACAGAACAACACUAGAAAAGGAGGGCAGAAACUUGGACAGUUGGGUGAAAUACAAGAGACCAAAGGUCAAGAGGCUUCCAUGUCAAAAGUCAAUUCCUCAACAAGGGAAACAGAUUUCUAAUUAAUACAGUAAGUGUGAAGAAUUGCCUUGCGAGUUGGAUUUAUUAUUAGGAAAUCAAUUUAUUGCACUCGAACAGGAGCUGUGAAGUGGACACUGUUGUGGAGGAAGCCAAUGGUGACGUUUAACAAAAUCCUAGACAUAAGGGCCCCAUUCUUCUGUUACAGAAUAAAGAAAUAAUACUUCAGCCAUAUGAACCUUUACAGGAGCAACAAGUGUUUACAUAUCAGAUAUAAUGUAACCUUUAUUCUUAUUGUACUACACUGCUAUAUUUACUAGUUAUCUUACAAUAUAAUGAAGAUCCUUAACAAAAUAGUAACAUGUUUAACUAAUUAAUUGACUUUUAGGACAAUCCUACAGUGGCAAGAUUGGGCCCAUAGACCUUUUGAAACUUCUCUCAACUAGUUCUGAAAUCAAACCUUUAUUUAUUUAUUUUUUUAAUUUAAUUGUGUUUCAAAUAUAGGAAUAUAAGUUAACUUUGAAAUUAUUGCUACAAAAUAGCACAGCCUUCUAUUAUUUAAUAGAUGUGUGUAUAUUGUUAUUUGAAAAUUCUUUAUUAUGAAAAACAGGCUGCAUUGUGUCAGUUCUUUACCAAUGGCAUUGCAAAAGUCUUUGUAGGGGACUAUCUAUUAUGAUUAAUUUUUCUUUGUUCUUCUUUUUUUUUGCUUGAUCUAAUGCACCUGCAGGCUAAGGUGAAUAACUAUGACAUAAUCACUGAUUUGUAUGGAGCACAAUUUCUAUAUUCUGUCUAAAUAUGUAUGUCUGAAUAUUUUAUUGCCAUUUUUUGCUGAUACAUUUUCUAUUAUACUGUCCAGUGAAUCAAAACAAACACCAUAUGCACAAUGCAAUAGUCAUGGUUAAAUACAGGGCCAUAACUUUGAUGAAUGGAAUUAAUAGAUAAUAGGUGUAUUCUGAGGCCCAGGAUCAUGUGAAUACAAUUUUUAAGCUCAUGCCAGGUUUGGAAUAUAUAUAAUUUCAUCUACGUAAAUCAUACCAGUAAAAAUUGAAAAUGGAUACCUUGCUUGUAUGUAUUUUGAGGCCAUUGUGUGCUUUUCUAUAUACAACACUGUGAAUUCAUAUAUGUGGCAGGAGCAGUUUUUACCUUCUGAAAGUGAGCACAAAAUGGAAUUUAGCAUGACAUGUAAAGGAAACCAGAAGGAGAAAGAGCAAGCAGGCUCUAAGUUAUUCAUUAUUGAAUGAUACAUUAGCACUGUAUUAGCAACUCAAAAUAUCAACAGAUGAUGUUCAAAAACUUAAUUUUGCUGUUAAAAUGCAUUAGCACUACCUCUACAAAACUAAUGUGAGAUUCUUUAUACAUUAUACAAAACUCUUCAAAUAGAUUAUCACCUUCUAUUACUGGAUAGUGCCUAUGA